UUGUCCUCGGUCGGUGCCCAGCCAGCGACACUCAUGGCGGCUGCACCCGUCAGGCAGCGCUCCGGGCCGGGGGGACCCCGGGCGCAGCUCCCGCCUUGCUACUACGAAGGCUACCUGGAGAAGCGAGGACCGAAGGAAAAGGCAUCCAAGCGACUGUGGACCUGUCUGUGCGGCAAUUCUCUGUAUUUCUUCAACAAUGCCAAGGAUGCUCAUUAUGUGGAGAAGCUGGACCUCGGUGGGUUUGUGUCGCUGAGAGACGACUGCAGCCGAGACAGGAACCUGGAGGCAGCCAGACUCAUCCUGCGCAUGAAGGAUGGAGAGACCAAGCUUACAGCACCUAACUUGGAAUCAAGAGAGCUUUGGAAAGGUUUCCUGUACUCUGUCAUAGACCUGAACGUCCCCUCCUGUCUCACGUUGCUGCCUGGCCAGUUUCAAAUGCUGAAGGAAGUGGUGGACAAAGAAAGAUCCAGACGGAGAACUCGCACCCCAACACGUGCUCCUCCCUCGCCCCUCUCUGUGCCUUUAGUGGGAGAAAUUCCCCCGUGUUUUCGGCCAGUGUCUCGGACAGAAGCUGAAGUCCUCUUAGAGAGACAUCCAGACUGUGGAAACAUGCUGCUCCGUCCAGGCAGAGAUGGGUGCUCGCUAGCUGUCACGACACGUCAGGACCUGAACGGGUCAGUGUUCAGACAUUACCGUGUGACGCAGAGGGACCAGGGCGGUUAUAUUAUUGAUGUAGAAAAUCCUAUUCCCUGCGCUACACUUCACGAUGUGAUCGACGCUCUAGUAGAGAAGACCGCAGGAACUCUACAGCCGUUUUUACUGGAGGAGCCUUAUGAGGAGAAUAUCACGUACGUUUCUGCCAAUGACGAGAAUGGAGAGAAGAUCCUCCAUACGGCUCCCACCAGCCCUCUGCCAAAGGCUCCUGCCCUGCCUCCAAAACAAGAUCGUUGGUGCAGCAGCCCACUGUCCAGGUCCCCCGCCCCUGACCGCCGAAUCCUGACUACAUCAGUGCCAGCCUCGCCAACCAACCCCAUGAGACGCCUCAUCCUCUCCCCUUCCCCUCUUGCACAGACACUCAAUGAAGAACUCAAAAUGAAGCUGGAGAAGAGACGAGCCAGUCAGGACUGAUCAUAGGGAUCAUCCUCCUGUCACCACAUCUUCACUCUUCAGUGCCAAAUACCUUCUCACCGCAGCUAUGUAUUCAUACUGUGCCUUCAAGGUGGAAGACAAAGGACUAUAAAUACCACUUUCUUGAAGGGAGAUGCAAAAUGCUCUGGAUUUCAUCCUUCUGGUCUUGAGACAAGGUUUUUGGACUUGAUGAUUCAACAGACUUUGAUGAGCUCUUUAAUCGCAGGACCGGCUGGUAAACACUGGAUAGGUUCAUGAAAAACCUCUUAAAAUGCUGCCUGUCUCUUGGUUGGAGUAACAAUCCAUUUGCCUUUUGUCCUCAUGCAUUACAGUGUUUACAAACUGUCUCUUAGGAAAAGAAAAAUGAGUGCCACAAAAAUUAAAGGUACAGUGUGCAGUUUUUGGUGGCAUUUAGCAGAACCAACCUGCAGAAAUGUAAUAUAAUAUAAUCUAAAUUACUUUGUAAUCAACUGAAUACAAAAAUAUUUUGUUUUUAACUUAGAAUGAGCAUUUUAAAACUACAGAACAAUCCCCUUACUUGGAGGCAGCCAUGUUUUUAUAGAAACACAGAUAAACUGGUACAGGCCAUACGCGUUUUCUGUGUGGCCUUUACUAGUAAUAUACUGGUUAGAAGACAAGAAGAAGAGAGUAGUGGUUGUGAAUUGUGAAGAAUUUGGCUAUUUUCGAAACUGCCUACUAUACUAGCAGUACCUACUGAUUUGGCCAAAAUUCAGUAAGUAGUAUGCGAACAAGAGCAAAUUCUGCAGUAUGCCAAAACUCCCUGGAGGUCUUCUGAUUCGGGAAAAUUUCACAGUAUGCAUCGGACCAGUCUCCCUCACGCACUGUUUCCCACAAUGCACAGUGCUCGUUACGCUUUUUCUUUUCUCUUCUUUUUUUGAUGGGGUAUCUCAGUUUUUAGAUGCUGUGAAAAUGAUUAAAUUCCAUAUAAAUCACUUCCUAACUUUUUAAAUCACAAGUGAUGCUAGAGAAGCAGUUUCUCUUCCAGCUUGGCCGUUGUUUACUUCCGCAUUCCAAAACCAGAAAUUCAGUGACGUCUGUCCCAGCGCACCGCAACACAGAUCGAAAGGAACAGUCAUACUACAUACUAAAUUCAAAUGCAGUAUGUUGUAGGCAGUACCUACUGUCUACUACAUUAGUAGGUAGUAUGUAGCAGGCCAUUUCGAAAACAGUCUUUGUGUCGAUAGAGGUUUUCGAUCGUUAAAACUUGACAAAUGAAGGAUCGUACUCAUCAUGCAUCACAAAAGCUUGUUGUCCUUGAAGGCCACUGUCACUACUAGAACUUUACCAAUGAGAUGAGUGAGCAAGGGAGCACUUCAAUCUAGAAUCUGACCACCAGAUUUGGCUAAAUACUCUCAAUUCUACACACUGCACCUUUAAUAUUUCUUUAGAAUAAAGUCAACAAAAACACUGUAUUAAUAUGACUGGCAGCUGAGAAGCAUUGAAACAUGCUUGACCACCACCUACUGAGCCUGAUAUCUGAUGCCAAGAACAACACCUGACACCUGAGAAACUUUAUCUGCUCUGAACCUGAAAUGAGCCUCAUCAGGUUUAGGCUCAGCAAUCCUCUUCAUUGACAUCAUUUCAUGUACUGUGACUGGGGGAAAAAAAGAAAUGUGUAUAACAACAGUUGAACUAGCCAGAAACUGUAAACUGCACAAUCUCCACCUGCUGCUCUGGCAUGCUGUCUGUGAUGAAUAAGCAACCAUUAAUGUAUUGUUGAUUCAAAGAAGUUGUACCGUUUGACUGUACUGUUGGUGCUUAUUUUGUAAGUGUUUCUUAUUCUCUGCAACUGUGUACGUGCUACUGUAAGCUGCUAUGGCUCACCCAUAAUUAGACUUGCCUGAAAGCUGCAGGUGAUUUCUGUUUCUAUUCAACAAAAUCAUUCUACUGAAAUCAAAUUGAAAGGGCGCCCUCUAGUGGCAUGGCGGUCAACUAAAGAGGUAGAAACUUUAUGACAAGUACAAACACAGAACACCUUGAACAGGGCAUUUAUGUUGCAUACAACAUGGCAAAGACUUGUGGCUUCAUAACAAUAUAACACCAAACCCUACCUCUCAACCUUUUAAUGACAAAAUUAUUGAUUCAUCAUAGAUCUGAUUAUCAAUCAAUGUUUCGACGUGGCUUUUUUUACACCCUGUAAAUUGGCCAGUCUUUGCACAUGCAAAGUAUAUGAGUACUUGUGGCAAUCUUUGAUCAAAUGUCUUCUUACAAUGAACAGUUUUGUUAUGUUUGUACAGGUCGUGUGGUAGCGUGUGCUUGAUUACAAACAAAGAACAGUGUUUGUUAGAUAUCAGGGACAUUAAAUGGUUUUGCAUGGGU